GGAGAUUCAAGGGGGAGGAGCAGAAUGGGGGCUUCCACCGAGUGGUUCUUUUGGGGGUCUCAAAAGCCCUGCAGUCUUAUUUGUGUUUAGUUCGGACUCUGCUUUCUAGAUUCUAGAUUCAACUGGGAAUUUCAUCAGGAAGUGAAGAUGCCGGAGCCUGCAAAGAAAGCAGUGUCUGCGUUUACCAAGAAGCCGAAGACAACAGAGGUGGCAGCCGGAAGCACAGCUGUGUUUGAAGCAGAGACAGAAAAAACCGGCAUCAAGGUGAAAUGGCAGCGAGCCGGCACAGAAAUUACUGACAGUGAGAAAUACGCUAUUAAGGCAGAAGGAAACAAGCACUCACUGACGAUCAGUAACGUAGGAAAAGACGACGAGGUGACAUACGCCGUAAUAGCUGGAACUUCCAAGGUCAAAUUUGAACUGAAGGUCAAAGAACCAGAAAAGAGUGAGCCAGUCGCUCCUGCUGAAGCUUCUCCUGCCCCAGCUGCCUCAGAGUUGCCUGCUCCACCAGUAGAAAGCAACCAAAACCCAGAAGUUCCACCUGCUGAGACUCAACCAGAAGAGCCAGUUGACCCUAUUGGGCUCUUUGUGACACGACCUCAGGAUGGAGAAGUUACUGUUGGUGGAAACAUCACUUUCACUGCCAAAGUUGCAGGUGAGAGCCUGCUGAAGAAACCGUCAGUGAAAUGGUUCAAAGGAAAGUGGAUGGACCUGGCAAGCAAAGUGGGGAAACAUCUCCAGCUGCAUGACAACUAUGACAGAAACAAUAAGGUGUACACAUUUGAAAUGGAAAUCAUAGAAGCAAAUAUGACUUUUGCAGGAGGGUACAGAUGUGAGGUGUCUACCAAGGACAAGUUUGAUAGUUCUAAUUUCAACCUGAUAGUCAAUGAGGCACCAGUAAGUGGAGAAAUGGAUAUUCGUGCUGCCUUCCGACGCACGAGCCUGGCAGGAGGGGGCAGACGGAUGACUUCAGCCUUUCUCAGUACUGAGGGACUUGAAGAAUCCGGAGAGUUGAAUUUUAGUGCCCUACUCAAAAAGAGCAGUUUCCUGCGCACUGCAAAUCGAGGUGACGGAAAAAGUGAUUCACAACCUGAUGUCGAUGUCUGGGAAAUCCUGAGGAAAGCUCCUCCUUCUGAAUAUGAGAAAAUUGCUUUUCAGUAUGGUAUCACAGAUUUGCGUGGGAUGCUGAAACGCCUCAAACGCAUUAAGAAGGAAGAGAAAAAAAGUACAGCAUUCCUCAAGAAACUGGAUCCUGCUUAUCAAGUGGACAAAGGGCAAAAGAUUAAAUUAAUGGUCGAAGUUGCCAAUCCAGAUGCUGAUGUGAAAUGGCUGAAGAAUGGACAAGAGAUCCAAGUGAGCGGCAGCAAAUACAUUUUUGAGGCCAUUGGGAAUAAGAGAAUACUGACCAUAAACCACUGCUCCCUGGCUGACGAUGCAGCCUAUGAAUGUGUAGUAGCUGAGGAGAAGAGCUUCACAGAAUUAUUUGUAAAAGAGCCCCCAAUCCUGAUCACUCACCCCCUGGAGGAUCAAAUGGUGAUGGUUGGAGAGAGAGUGGAGUUUGAGUGUGAAGUGUCUGAGGAAGGAGCUACUGUGAAAUGGGAAAAGGAUGGAGUUGAGCUGACACGGGAAGAAACGUUCAAAUACAGAUUUAAGAAAGAUGGAAAAAAGCAGUAUCUAAUUAUUAAUGAGUCAACCAAGGAGGAUAGUGGACACUACACAGUGAAGACAAACGGUGGAGUAUCAGUUGCUGAGCUAAUUGUACAAGAGAAAAAGCUGGAAGUUUAUCAGAGCAUUGCGGAUCUGACAGUGAAGGCACGUGACCAGGCAGUCUUCAAGUGUGAAGUUUCUGAUGAAAAUGUGAAAGGAAUCUGGUUGAAAAACGGAAAGGAGGUGGUGCCAGAUGAAAGGAUAAAGAUCUCCCAUAUUGGCAGGAUCCAUAAGCUAACUAUUGAGGAUGUUACACCAGGCGAUGAGGCUGACUAUUCCUUCAUCCCUCAGGGAUUUGCUUACAACCUUUCUGCCAAGCUUCAGUUUUUGGAGGUAAAGAUUGAUUUUGUACCAAGAGAAGAGCCUCCCAAAAUCCACCUGGACUGUCUGGGCCAAUCCCCUGACACAAUUGUUGUGGUGGCUGGGAACAAACUGAGAUUGGAUGUUCCCAUAUCGGGAGAUCCAACACCUACUGUCAUCUGGCAGAAAGUGAAUAAGAAAGGUGAACUUGUUCAUCAAAGCAAUGAAGAUUCUCUGACUCCCUCAGAAAACAGCAGUGAUUUAAGUACUGACAGUAAGCUCCUAUUUGAAUCUGAAGGCAGAGUUCGUGUAGAGAAGCAUGAAGACCACUGCGUCUUCAUCAUUGAAGGAGCUGAAAAGGAGGAUGAGGGAGUAUACAGAGUUAUAGUUAAGAAUCCAGUUGGAGAAGAUAAGGCUGAUAUCACAGUCAAAGUUAUUGAUGUUCCUGACCCUCCAGAAGCUCCCAAGAUCAGUAACAUUGGAGAAGAUUACUGCACUGUGCAGUGGCAACCUCCUACAUAUGAUGGUGGGCAACCAGUACUCGGCUAUAUUUUAGAGAGAAAGAAGAAGAAGAGCUAUCGAUGGAUGAGGCUGAAUUUUGACCUUUUAAAAGAGCUAACCUACGAAGCCAAGCGAAUGAUUGAAGGAGUAGUUUAUGAGAUGCGGAUUUAUGCUGUGAAUUCUAUUGGCAUGUCCCGGCCGAGCCCUGCCUCACAACCCUUCAUGCCAAUUGCUCCUCCAAGCGAACCAACACACUUUACAGUGGAGGAUGUCUCUGACACCACUGUUGCCUUGAAAUGGAGACCCCCUGAACGGAUUGGAGCAGGGGGAUUAGAUGGCUAUAUAGUGGAAUACUGCAAAGAUGGAUCUGCAGAAUGGACUCCAGCUCUUCCUGGCCUGACUGAGCGCACAUCUGCACUGAUUAAAGACCUGGUCACAGGUGACAAACUUUAUUUCCGUGUAAAGGCUAUAAACUUGGCUGGAGAAAGUGGAGCAGCAAUAAUCAAAGAGCCCGUUACUGUUCAGGAGAUCAUGCAGCGUCCCAAAAUCUGGCUGCCGCGCCAUCUCAGACAGACUUUGGUGAAGAAAGUGGGUGAGACAAUCAAUAUAAUGAUACCUUUUCAGGGUAAACCUAGACCCAAAAUAAGUUGGAUGAAAGAUGGUCAAACUCUAGACUCCAAAGAUGUGGGAAUUCGGAACAGCAGCACGGACACAAUCCUUUUCAUCAGAAAGGCAGAACUUCAUCACUCAGGAGCAUAUGAAGUCACUCUUCAAAUAGAAAAUAUGACAGAUACAGUUGCAAUAACAAUUCAAAUCAUAGAUAAGCCUGGCCCUCCUCAGAAUAUAAAACUGGCAGAUGUUUGGGGAUUUAAUGUUGCCCUGGAGUGGACACCUCCACAAGAUGAUGGCAACGCACAGAUCUUGGGCUACACAGUCCAAAAAGCUGACAAAAAGACAAUGGAAUGGUACACUGUUUACGACCACUACCGUCGUACAAACUGCGUAGUGUCAGACCUGAUCAUGGGAAAUGAGUAUUUUUUUCGAGUCUUCAGUGAAAAUUUGUGUGGAUUGAGUGAAACUGCUGCAACUACCAAAAAUCCUGCCUAUAUCCAAAAAACAGGCACCACUUACAAGCCACCCAGUUACAAAGAACACGACUUCUCUGAACCUCCUAAAUUCACUCACCCUUUAGUAAACCGGUCUGUGAUUGCAGGAUACAACACUACACUCAGCUGUGCGGUGAGAGGAAUCCCUAAGCCAAAGAUAUUCUGGUACAAAAACAAAGUGGAUCUCUCUGGGGAUGCCAAAUACCGCAUGUUCAGUAAACAGGGCGUACUGACCUUGGAGAUUCGGAAACCCACUCCAUUUGAUGGAGGCUUUUACACCUGUAAAGCUGUUAAUGAGCGUGGUGAAGCUGAAAUAGAGUGCAGACUCGAUGUCAGAGUACCUCAGUAAGACUCUGAAUCUCCAUUCAUUCGCACAUCAAGCCUUGGAAUAGAAUUUGAAGAGAUGAAAAAUGAAGAGAUUAAAGAAGGAUAAUUUCACUUACACCUAAGAGUUCUGCACAUGUUAAAAGUCAUUUAAUGUGUGGGUUGCUCCAAAAGUAACGUCGUGGGCUGACAUCACAAAAUAGGAAGCAUUGCUUUUGGAGCAGCCCUCAUACAAACAAAUUAUUUCUAAUACUGAAUCACCUUUCCUUAUGUUGAUCUCUGCACAGUAGAAAGUAACUCCCAGCCCUUCUGCUUUUACUGCCAAGGCUUGAAAUACUCACUUCCAUGUUCUGGAGCAUAUAUUUAUAGAAGCAUGCCUGAAAUACACCGUUUGAGAAUCUAUGGAUUAGGGUACUGCUCUUUUUUAUACAGGAAGUGGUUUAUUUGAUAAUUACUCACUACUGUUUUUCUAGUUUUUGAAAAGACACCCACAUAGACUUUCAGGUAUUAGAUCUUUCUGCUGCCAGUCAUAGACAUUACCCUUAUCUACAGAGAAAAUGUACAUUAGAUGAAACAAUGAAAGAUGCAAAGAAAUACUACGUGCACAUUAAAAAAGUCAGAACAAAAAGCUUGUAAUAAAUGCAACAAAUUUAUUGUCAUCAGAUGCCACUGGAGGCUUCUGAAAGUCUAUGAAUGCUAUGUAUAUUAUUGCAGAUAAUUAUGUCUAACCACGAGAAAUUGAGGAAAUUGUAGCAUUUUUUGUUUCUCAUCUAUUAGUUCAAAUAGGAUUUGUGGGUGGGAAUUUUUGGACCUGCAUUAGUUUCUGGCUGGAAAGUAUUUUUUCACUAAAUCACAAUAGCAGAGAAAGUGGGAAGAUGAAAUUAAUCCAGGAAACAGCAUGCUUCGGAAGAAUCAACAGAAAGAGCUGAAAUAACACUAUUCCCCUACCUCCAACAUGUCAGUUGAGAAGGUAAAGCAUGUCUGACACAGCACAUCAGUUGCACUAAACAAGCAAUCGUAUCUUCAUAAUUAAAACACUUAUGUAAUGAGAUUUGUAUUUUGGUUAUUCUAUUACACUAUCAGAACAAGGGCAGACCUUGAACACCAGUGUCAACAUUUGUCUGCAAUACACUGCUGUUACUCUACAAAUAAAUAAGAGUGAUGGAAAACACGCGAAGAAGUUUACACUGUUUUGGUCGUUCUUCCAAGCAACACUGUUAUUCUAAAAGUAAUAUGUAACACAUAGAAGUCAGAGAUGUCCUACAUCACAAAUAAUUUUUAUUACCUACUAUUAGAAUGUUAAGUGGAUUUACAGGAUCAACCCAGCAUCUGUGGGCCAACAGCUAUGGAAAAGCAGAGACUGAAUUGUGAGAGCUUAGAUUACAAAGGACAGUUUAUCCUAAAGAGAAGCAGGUGCUGUAACAAAUACUUUGUGUUAUCAAAAAGGUGUUUCAUGAAGAGAACAGAUUUUCAUGCUGUAAUAGGGUACAGUGCUGAAAGAGUACAAAACAAACCGAAAGACACUAAGAAAAUGGCACUUUCCACUUGAAUUUUAGCUAUUCAACAUGAGCAAAGUGCCUUUGGGAAAAGCAGUACUUCCAAAGUAAACAUUUAUUUCCCUCUCAGCUGUGAAAAGAAGUACACUGUAUUAAAUGUCAGUCAAUCAUAUUUGUCACGAAAUGUUGUUCAAAUGGUCUUCAAGUCCAGAAUUCUACCACACACAUAGAUAUCUCCCACAUACACGUACAUCCAAAGCUGAAGUUAUAAAAACACCCCAAAACCACUCCAGUUCACUUUCCAAAAACAUGAAUCCCAAAUUCAAAAGGCAAAGCACUGCUCGCACACUGAAAAGAGGAAACGGGGCAAGAUGCUUCCACAAGAUCAGAACUUUCUAAUAGAAGUUCUAGAGAGAUCCUUAGAAACAUCGGUGUGUUUAUUGCUGUUUUCCAACCAUUCUGUAUCACAAUUUAUCUUUUCCAUUUUUGAUGGUGAUCUUGACUGUACAGUUAAUUUGUCGUUAAUUUUGGGUUGUUAAGAAAUACAUAAAUCAUCCGUAUCUUAUUAAAACUAAUAAACUUAGCAGCUUCUCCCAAACAUAGGUGGCUAAGGACAAGAAAGCAUCUCAAUUUCUCCCAACACGCCUGAAGGCCUACAUGACUAAUGAUGGUUUUUAACUUACCUUCCCCUGCGUGGGAUCUCCUCUGCUACAAAAUCAGAUGGGCUUAUGGUUUCUAAAUGCUGUGGCAAGUAUUUGUAUGCCACAGCUGUUAAGUACUAACAGUAGUACUACUAUUAUUUUCUUUUUCGCAAAUAUGCAAGGUAAGAUCAGUUGUGAAAACAUUAUUAACAAAGACCAGACAAUUUAAUAAAAUAAAACAAAUCCACUA